UGUCGUCACGUGGGUCCCGACCAGCCGGUGAGUCGCGAGUCCAGGAAUUUCCGACCAGUGAAAAACAGCUUCCUUCUGCUUUUUGCUUUCUUCUGUUGGUUUCCUCAUUUCUUACCCCUUAUUUCUGCGUCGUUUGCAGCGAAAUCUUGUUUAUAAGACCUUCAGUUUGUACUUAAAGACGAGAGGAACUCGGUGAAUAGUUAGAGAGAACCGACAGUUCUUUGUUGGACACGGCGGGAGAUUUAAAACCAGACUUCCAGCCGGCGUUACACCACAGACCGUCCCCCGGAUGCCAUGGCUUCAGACGCCCAGUAGUAACGUCUCCCAACAACCGAAGACGCUGCCUGGAAGUGCCGCCAUGCUUCUCUCCCGAGCCCCGCAAAUCGUCGCCGCUCACGUCCAGAACUUUAAGGUACACGUAGACGGGACGGAGCCGGGGAAGAACAAGGACGGCAGCGGCGGCGGGAACAACAACAACAACCCGGGGAGCGGUAAGAAGGUCCAGCCGGAGGUCCCGGCUACCAUCGCCGACACCGAGUCAGGACGGACCUACAACAGACUCAGGAUUCUGGGCAAGGGCGGUUUCGCGAAGUGUUUUGAGCUGAGGGACACGUCGACAAAUGUCCUGUUUGCCGGGAAGGUCAUCCCAAAGACUCGGGUCGCCAAACCCGCACAGAGGGAGAAGAUCGACCGCGAGGUGGCGCUGCACCGCACGUUGCUGCACCGCCAUGUUGUCGCGUUCCACCACAGCUUCGAGGACGAGCAGAACAUUUACAUCAUCCUGGAGAACUGCAACAGAAAGUGUCUGGCGAACAUCAUCCGGCACCGUAAGACCCUGACGGAGCCCGAGGUGCGGUACUACCUCCGGCAGGUAACCGAGGGCGUGCGGUACCUGCACCGCUUGGGCAUCGUGCACAGAGUCGCUACGCUCACUCGGUGGUUUAUUUCUCACAUUUCGCAGUGCCUGGCGAACAUCAUCCGGCACCGGAAGACCCUGACGGAGCCUGAGGUGCGGUACUACCUCCGGCAGGUGACCGAGGGCGUGCGGUACCUGCACCGACUGGGCAUCGUGCACAGGGACCUCAAACUCGGCAACUUCUUCCUCACGGAGAACAUGGACGUGAAGAUCGGAGACUUCGGACUGGCGACCAACGUGGAGGAGGGCGUGGAGCUUAGAAGAACCAUCUGCGGAACUCCGAACUACAUCGCUCCUGAGGUCCUCCAGAAGAAAGGUCACGGGUUCGCGGCGGACAUGUGGGCGCUCGGCUGUGCCAUUUACACCAUGCUGACGGGUAAACCCCCGUUUGAGACGGCUACUCUGAAGGACACGUACGCGCGCAUCCUGGAGGUGCAGUACGUCAUGCCCGUACGCCUGGUGACGUCAUCCAAGGCCCUACUGCGCGCCCUGCUCUGUAAGGACCCCCUGCAGAGACUCACCUUGGACGGGGUCAUCGAACACGGCUUCUUAACGAAGGAGUUCGUGCCAACUCGCCUACCUCCCACCGCCUGUACCGUAGAGCCCAGAUUCCCAACCAAACCCGUAACGCCCAAACUGGCAACUCUACAAAGAUGUAACACGUUGAACAAGAAGUCCAAAAUUCCCGUCUCCAGUGGGAAGACAACCUCUACCCCUGCGGUAAAAGCAAAGUCUGACCCUCCAAGUGUGGAGAAGAAAGAGAAAGACGGAGCUCGGGUGAACAGAGUGGCAGCGACGUUUUCUAACAUGGCUGUCACACCGAGUAAAGGGAAGGCAGCUUCAACAGAUGAACCUACGAACACCAACGACAACUCUGAGUCUCGCAUUACAGAUGACGGAGAACGGUCUCCGGCUACAUCGGGGUGUGACGCAGGGGGCAGCGGCAAGACAGGGAGUGACGUCAAGCGCGCCAUCCAAUCAGCGGUCGCCACGUUUGCCUGUCCGAACUCCCCGCGUCCGCCCGAGUCCCCUACAACUGUCACUGCAGGUGCUGCUGUAGGGUCCCGGUGUGACCGCUGGGCCACCAGGAAGAUGCUGCAGGCGCUCACCACAUGUGUGGACAACAUGCCGACUGCGGAGAACCCGAAGCCUCCUCAGUGGUCGGGUCCCCGAGGUAAGGUGACAUGGGUGCCGAAGUGGGUGGACUACUCCAACCGGUACGGGUUCGGCUACCAGCUGUCCGACAACAGCGUCGGGCUGCUGCUUAACGACGCCAGCCUCAUCACGCUCUGCCCAGACAAAAGGACGAUGCAGUACUACCCCGCACAGUCUGGCGGGCGUACCGCCAUCUUCACGGCCGCCACUGCGCCUGCGCACCUGAAGAACGCGCUCACGCUGCUCGACUACUUCUCGCGAUACAUGGAGGACAGACUCAUCAAGGGUGGGGACAUGCCCCACAGCAGCGUAGUCUCGCGAGAUUUCGGCGUGGAGCGUGUGCCUUACGUCACCAGGUGGUUCCGUACCGACCGCGCUAUCGUCAUGAUCCUCAGCUGUAACACCUUACAGAUCAACUUUGUAGACGACCACGUGAAGGUGAUCCUGACCUGCGGUGACCCCGAGGACUACGUCAUGACGUACAUCAACCAGCAGCGCAUGAGCAGUACGUACCGCCUGGUCACGCUUGCGCACUCGGGCUGCCCGGCGGAGAUGCGGGAGAGGAUGACCUACACACGCGCCAUGCUCCGCAAGGUCGUCACCAUGGAGAGACUCCUGUAACCAUGGGAACGGACGGUCGCCUAGCAACAGGGUCUUACGGUGACGACCAGUUUUGUUCAGAACC